AUGACUAAAGCGGCUACGCAUUUGGCCGCCGCCGGAAUCGGCGGCUCGGCCCUCUUCAUUAUUUGCGCCUUGUAUUUCGUGGCCAAUCUUUAUCAGGAGAUCAACCAGAUGCAUUCGGAGAGCAUUGCCGAGUUGAAUGAGUUCAGAGAGAUCGCCAACGACGCGUGGAAUAGCAUGAUGGACAGAAGAAAGCCGCAAUUCGAGAGCAUCUUCCGUCAGAAGCGUCAGUAUGAUGCUGCGGCCACCGGAGGAGACGCCGCCGCCAAGGGAGCUCAGUGCAGUAAGUUUUUUGGCUAAUCCUUGCUAUAUAGGCUUCUAACUUGAGAGAUAUCUCCAUUGUAGAUACUCUAAUGUCUUUAGAUUUCCACUAAUAAUGAAAUAAUUUCCAGACUGCGCUCGCCAAGCCAGUAACUGCCCACCAGGCCCUCCAGGUCCACCUGGACAGCCCGGAGAACCCGGAACUCCCGGAGAACCCGGACAGGACGGCCAGAAAGGAAAUGAUGGCACUGCCUCUGCCGAAGGAGGAUAUGACCAACCCGGCGCCUGCAUCCAAUGCCCAGCCGGACCACCCGGCCCACCUGGACCAGACGGCCCCGCCGGACCCGCCGGCUCCGAUGGACAGCCCGGAGAAGCGGGACACCCAGGAAAAGACGGAGAAGCCGGCCCACAAGGACCGCCCGGAGACGCGGGACCAGACGGACAAGCCGGACCCGCCGGACAGCCGGGAAAACCAGGAGAGGGAGCUCAACAAGCGACCCCCGUGCCCGGACCAAAAGGACCACCCGGACCUCCAGGCCCAGCCGGAGAUGCUGGACCAGCCGGUGCUGCGCCACCAGCCGGACAACCAGGCCCACCCGGACCUCAAGGACCGGCCGGAAAGAACGGAGAACCAGGCAAAGACGGAGAGCCGGGCGCUCCAGGAGCUGCUGGCAUCCCCGGCGCCGACGCCGCCUACUGCCCAUGUCCACCACGUACUGGCGACGUUGCUGGCAAUGCUGCGGUCGCCGAGAAAGGCGGCUACAGAGUGAGAUUCGUCUAA